GAGAUUUUUUAGGUUAUAAAAAUAAUAAAUAAGAAUUCAAAUAGUUUCAAUUCAAUUUUAAUUCAAAGAGAAUAUAAUCACUGGAUCUUAUUAGAAGUUUAUCCAUUUUAGUGGUUCACUUCACUUGAUCCAUAUUUAUAAUUUCACUGGAACUUUUUGAUACAUCAAACAUGUAUUACAUCAAUUACAUACAUCAAUUAUUAAUGUUGUAGUAAAAAUAGGGAUACAAUAACAAAUCCAUUAAAACACUGGAAACCAUGGCCUUUCGCUGUAUACAUUUCAUUAGGAAUAUCAGAUGUAGUAGCGCAAUUACGUUGCGCCGCACUUUAAUGUCAACAUCGGCCUCAAAGGAAAAUAAAUUGGUUGAAAAAGUGACUAAAGAAUACAAAACUGAGAACAAUAUCACCUACUUGGAAGAUCCAGAUUCUUUUGGAACUCUCGCUGGUAGAACACCUAUUUCAGAUACAUUGGAAGAUGAGGGGGAUGUGAAAGAGGAGCAAUAUUUACAAAACAAACCACUAAACUCUCAGAAACUGACAAUCAAGCAAUAUGCUGAUUUGAUAAAGCAAUAUUUAGAACAUAAGAGAAUAAAAGAAGCAAUUGAUAUCCUAGAAAUAAGAAUGCUGAAGGUUGACAGAGUUAAACCGGAGAACUAUAUUUAUAACAUACUUAUUGGUGCUUGUGCUGAGGUGGGGUACACGAAAAAAGCUUUUAAACUGUUUAAUGACAUGAAGAGAAGGGGAUUGAAACCAACAGGUGAUACUUAUACUUGUCUAUUUGAAGCUUGUAUUUACAGCCCGUGGACUAAAGAUGGUUUAAAACUGGCUACUCACCUGAGGAAUCAUAUGACUGAAAAGGGCAUUGAACCUAAUCUGACAAAUUAUAAUGUAAUGAUCAAAGCAUUUGGAAGAUGCUCAGAUAUACCCACAGCUUUCAAGAUUGUAGACGAAAUGAUUUCUAAAAAAAUAAAAAUUAGAGUCCACACUUUUAACCACUUGAUGCAAGUCUGUAUUUCAGACAAAGAAUAUGGUCUAAAACAUGCUCUUAUUGUGUGGAGGAAAAUGUUGAAAAUGAGAGAGAAACCAAAUGUUUACUCUUUUAAUCUAAUGCUAAAGUGUGUCAAAGAUUGUAAUUUAGGUUCAAAGGAGGAUUUGAUGGAAGUUAUUAGCUUGAUACAGGAGCACAUGGCCUUAUUGAAUAUGAAACCUCAAAUUAGGGAUUCUGCAAAUGCUCUACCACAAACAGAAAAUGAAUAUAGGAGUAACACAGAGAUACAAAGUAUUUCAGCAAACACUAAUGAAAAUAUCAAUGAUAAAACAGAUGCCAUUGUUAGCACACUACAAAGUACAGAUUUAGCUUUAGUUAAUAAAGAUAAUACUAGUUUAGAAAUAAUUGAAAAUUACAAAAGACCAGAACAAAAUGUACAAAAGAGAUGUACACCUAACCUGCUCUCCAAAUUUGUAUUUAUUGAUCAAAUAUUAGGUGUACAGGAAGUUAAUACUCCAAAAGACAAGUUUGCCAUAAUAGGAGGUCAAGAAGAUUUUCUAAAAGAAAUGGAGGUGUAUUCUGUCUCACCAGAUAUAAAGACAUUCACACAAAUGCUGCCCUUAAUAGAAGAUAGUUCUGAAGCUGAAAAUAAACUAAUUGAAACUAUGCAAACAUUAAAUGUUAAAACUGAUAUAGAUUUUUACAAUAUGUUAAUUAAAAGGAGAUGCUUUAGGCAAGAUUUUGAUAGUGCUUUAGAGGUUAGAGAAAUGAUUGAGAAGGAAAAUAAGCGACGCAAAACACAUCCUUUGAACAAGAAACACAAAAUAAAAAUCAAUGUCAUGACUUAUGGUGUUCUUGCCUUAGGGUGCAAGACUAAGGAAAAAGCUGAAUCUCUCCUCAAUGAAAUGCAUGAAAACCAAUUCAAGGUUAAUAUAGAAAUAAUGGGUACCUUACUGAAAAAUGCCACUCUCCAAAUGCAGUUUGGUUAUAUUUUGUUUAUAAUUGAAAGAGUAAAAAAAGAAAACCUGAGAGUAAAUGAUGCAUUUAUAAAACAUCUAGAGAUUUUUAACGAGCGAUGCCUUAAAAUUAUUGAAAAGAAUGAAAACAAAAAUAGAGUAAGUCCAGUCUUUGUAGCUGCUUAUAAAAGAUUUAGCGGCUUAUAUAAUAACUGGUUAAAAGAUAUCAAUGUGGAAGAAGCAUUAAAACCUGAACAUCCAUGGAAGCAAUUUAUGGAACCACAUCCAACUCCAGUGCAAAGGGAAAGCUUCAAAAUUGUAGAGCCCAAGAAGUUCUAUAGAAGAAAUCGUAAAUUUGUUCGAUACAGUCCAAAAUUAUAAAUAAAAACACAAUAAUUAC